CUGAUAGGUCCUCUAACAGGUGUAGUGGUUAGUAAAACCAGAAAAUCCGCAUUUGUUUGGACACCAUCCCUCGGAGAGGGAAUUUGUGAAAAUGAUGGGAAUUUGGUGAUUGGAGAAUGGAUUGAAUUCACGGCCAAUUUGUAUUUUGAAAGUCAUAUGCAUAUGAAUAUCAACUUUCGUAUUAUCGAAUGGACGAUGGCUGAUCCCAUCUUACGAUGUGUACCAUUAUUCAAUAAUCUAAUGCUUGUAUCGACUUUAUUCAUCUCUCACUGGCCGAUGAAUAAUUUAACUGUGGAUUGGAUAGGACCUAUUACAGAUCGAAAUCAUAUGCUGGAAAAAGCAGUAUCUAGUUUUGGAGUUGGGCGUAAGUAUGAAUUAAUGUUGAAGCGUUCAAAAAAAAGUUUGGAAGAACCGAUUGCUGCGUGGAAUGUACAUCAAGUCUUGGAUGGUGGAAGUCGAAGGAACGGUAUCGUUUGCUUUGUCAAUAUCCAGAAAUCGUUGGCAUUAGUUUAUAUUCAAGAUGCAAACUGUGGAACCGGUCGAAUGUUACGCGUUGAUUUAAAAAUAUUUGAAGCAGUUCCAGCACUUGGCGAUUGGUUCAGUUUCAAAAUAGAUGAAAAUAAUCAAUUCUGGACAGUGUUAAGUGCUAUGAAAUCCAAGAAAUUAUGCGCCUCAUAUAUAAUUGACUGUCAAUUAGAAGUUGAAACGGAAGUUAUAUUAACUGAUAAGAUCUCAACGAAAGGCCAUCGAGUAAUGUAUUCUGCUGUUCUGGGAGCGAUAGCAGAUGAUGCGAACAGACUGUCGAAUAUUAUUGUGGAUGCUUCACAAAAAUAUACUGUCUGGUGUACAGCAGUGCGAGAGAGAAUUGCAGGUGAUCCGUAUUGGAGGAUAACUAAAAUCCCCAUGAAGGACGGAGCUUUUAUUACAAAAUCAAAGCUUAAUACAAAGAUAGAACUAGUUGAUAAUGUUUCGUAUGUUGGUAUUGUCGUUAGUGAAUGCCGAACAGCUUAUUUCGUAUGGACAUUUUCACUGGAUGAAAUUAUAUGCUAUUACAAAGAUGGUCUACAUAUCGGUGAUUGGAUUCAAUUUUGGAUUAGAAGAAAAUAUGGAACACAUCAGAAUGGGAACUUUUUUUGUGUAAGCAAGUGGCAAAAAAUAGAUAGUCUUUAUCCUACACGUGAAAAAAAUAACACUGCUGUGGUUACAAUAGAAUUAAUGAUACCAAAAAAUUAUAAUAGUUGGCAACCACCAUCGCUACCAUUUUUUGGUGAAGUCCUCGAUAGGAAACGAUAUUUUGAAUCAAAUAUUGAUGAUAUACGUGGUCAUAUAAUCGAAAUGGAUAUAAAACAUAUCAGAACUGUGAAAAAUAAUCCAAAUUGGGACAUUGUUUUUGUUUUGCUAAAAGGGCCUUUGCAUGGACAAGAAGAAUCAAUUCAUACAAGAGCUGUAGAAAUGAAUGUCGAUCCUAAAAAGAUUGCUUCAACUAGCAAUGUAUCCGUUCAGAAUGCAAAUACGUUUUUCACUGGUGAUCCAUCAGAUCCUGUAAAUAAAUCAAACAUUGCUGAAUACAGCUGUUAUUCUGAUUUUAAGAGGAGAGAUUAUAAAAAUCAUUCUCCGACGACUUAUAACGAGAAGAAAAAGGAGCACCAUGAGGAUUACAACGGUAGAAAUGAUUCUCAAAAGGACAUUGCUGAGCUUGAUCCUGUUAUUUGUUCUAUGAAACUUUUAUUGAUGUCGAAAGAGGUACGGCAAGCAAUAAAAACGAACUGCAUAGAAGAAUACACAGCACUUCGCCAAUACUUUGAUCUCGUCUCGUAA